AUUAAUGUAAAGUUUGCCUGUUCAAAAAAAAUUAUAAUCUAAAAUGAAUCACAUUUUAAAGGAGUCGGAACCAUAAUAUUUGUAUCCUUGCUGGCAAUGUUUUAAGUUUCAUAACAAUCACAACAAAAUUUCCAAUAUAAAUUUUAAUUAUUUUUAGUUAGACUUUUUACACAUUAAUUAGAGGAAAUAUUCAACCCUCAUACUAAUUCCAUGUGUACUUUGAAAGUUAUAAAUAUUGUUAUCUUAUUUGAUUAUAUAUACUGUUAGAAGUAGAAGUAUAAUCUACUAAGAAUUAAGAAAUUAUACUAUGAUGGCCAGAAAAAAAAUUCAUUUUUGUUUCCUAAUUUUUUUCCUAAGUUAUGGUAUUCUAAUUCCAACAAGGUGCCUUGCUAAUAUAUGUCUCCCAAAAGAACAUGUUGCAUUAUUUGUAUUUGGAGAUUCAUUAUUUGAUGUUGGAAACAAUAAUUACAUCAAUACUACUACUGAUGAUCAAGCAAAUUACUCACCGUAUGGUGAAACCUUCUUCAACUUUCCAACUGGUAGAUUCUCUGAUGGACGAGUAAUUCCAGAUUUUGUAGCUGAGUAUGCUAAGUUGCCAUUAAUUCAACCUUAUCUAUUUCCUGGUAAUCAACAAUAUGUUAAUGGAAUCAAUUUUGCAUCAGCUGGAGCUGGGGCUUUAGUAGAAACCCAUCAAGGAUUGGUGAUAGAUCUAAAGACUCAACUGACUUAUUUUAAGAAUGUGAAGAAGAUAUUGAGGCAGAGAUAUGGAAAUAAAGAAACCACAACUCUGCUAUCCAAAGCUGUUUACUUGAUUAACAUUGGAGUUAAUGAUUAUUUCCAAGAAAAUUCCAGCUUAUACACUCAUGAAAAAUAUGUAUCCAUGGUAGUUGGUAAUCUUACAACUGUCAUCAAAGGAAUAUAUGAUCUAGGAGGGAGGAAAUUUGGGAUUCUUAACCAACCACCUAAGGGUUGUUUUCCAUUCAUCAAGGCUUUUGUAAAUGGAACUAAAUCAGGUUCUUGCAUUGAAGAGUAUUCAGCACCUGCCAAAGUGCAUAACAUUGUGCUUUUUGAGGAACUUGAGAAGUUAAGGAAACAGAUCAAAGGAUUCAAAUAUUCAUAUUUCAAUUUCUUUGAUGUCUCGUUUGAAGUCAUAAACAACCCUUCCAAAUUUGGUUUGAAAGAAGGAGGAGUGGCAUGCUGUGGAAGUGGCCCUUAUAAAGGAUAUUACAGUUGUGGAGGUAAAAGAGAAGUGAAAGAUUAUGACUUAUGUAAGAAUCCUUCUGAAUAUGUGUUCUUUGAUGCUGUUCAUCCUACUGAAAGUGCUAGUAGGAUUAUUUCCCAAUUUAUGUGGAGUGGAAAUCUGAGUAUAAGUGGCCCAUACAAUCUUAAAUCACUAUUUGAAGAAUAGUUCAACCAUCCAUAUAUCAUAUGUUCACAUAGUAAAAAAAAAACAUACAUGUUCAUAUUAAAGAAUAAAGUUGUCUGUAUUAGUUAGAAGACAAAACAAAUGUAUUGUUGUUUUGAUGUGUAAAUGUAUGAAUAAGAAUAUUAUACAAA